AUGGUACUGCAAUGUUUUGAAGGCCUUUUGAUGCAGCGUUUUGCUCGCAACAGGCCGACAGGCUGCUGUAGAUCAAGAGAAUCAAGUAGCGCUUGCGUGAGCGAAACCAUUCCCAUGACGGCCGAAGGAGUCGGCUUGCUUGAUGUGGAAGUGGCAUCAGCGUCCCUGGAGUCAGAAUCAGAGUCCCCGCACGCUCCGCCGGCAUCCGGAAAGCGUUCCUGGACUUGGAUUGCUGUAGGAGCACUGGCAGUGGGCACCGUGGCCGUCGUCGCAUUUUCUUUCCACCGCCACACCUUCGAGGCCUCGGGGGACAUCAGCGAGAUGGAAAUGCCGUGGCCCUACGUCAUGGAUAUGGAUAAGGAGCCCGUGCAGGCUUCUGGCUACGAGAAAUAUUCCAGUUUCAUUUGCACACAGCAAGACCUGGCUACCGACAGCGUCUGCUUGAAGGCGUUGACAUUCGUGACGCUCAAAUGCAAAGCUGCUGGACAGUCUGAGUGCAUCCACUUUUUGCCCAAGCUUCGGAUGCUGGUCUUCCAGGCCGACAACAAGAGCUCGGUCAUGGAGCACCUGCCGAAGCUUGCCGGGUGUUGCACUCAACUGGCUGUGGAUUUGAAGGCGAAGGCUUUCCGGCAGGAUGCUGCCGGUGUGCUAAAGGGCAAACCCGAUGCCCUCAAGAGCGCGCCCAAUGCCGCCGUGAGCGAAGAUGUCCCCAUGAUCAGUGCACUUCCAACGGUCAAGGAUGCUCUCCAGGACCAGUACGAUGCCCUGAAGGGCAAAUACGAUGUGCUGAAGGGAAAAUACGAGGCCCUCAAGGACGGGCAUGAGGCCCCCACGGUCCCUGCUGCCUCCAAGAGGACCGCUGUGCGCAAGGAUCAUAAGCAUGGAGACCACGCUGAAGUGACAUGUGCAAGCCGAGAGCCCGACUAUAACCUGGACAGGGUCACGAGGCCACCACAAGAGGGAAGGCACUUCAAGUACAAUCCCAGCAAUCGCGGAGAGGCUGCCACGGUUUUUGUCAUUGAUUCCGGCAUCAAUGAGGGCCACGAAGAGUUCCGUCGCAACGAUAAGGGCAUUGUCAAGGUGUUGGGCAAGUAUGUGGCACAUGGAAAGCCGCCGGGGGAGGACAAGACACACGGCACCCACUGCGCUGGAAUCAUUGCAGGAAACAAUUACGGAGUGGCUAAGGGCGCUUCUGUGGUCGACGUUCAGGUUUUCGGAGAGGAGGGAGGUAGCUCCUAUUCCACCAUCCUGGACGGAAUGAACUUUGUCAUGGAAAGCUGCGCUGGAGGCUUCACGUCCUACGGGGACGGCACCACGCGACGCUGCGUGGCAAGCAUGUCCCUGGGCGGCCCAACGUCUUCCACAGUCAACAGCGCAGUGGAGCGAAUGGUAGCAGCCAAUAUAGUUGUUGUGGUGGCAGCUGGCAACGAGGCCAUGAACGCGCUUUAUGUCUCGCCAGCUUCGGCCCCCUCUGCCAUCACCGUGGGCUCCAUGGGAGUUUCCAAGGUUCAGGGCGGGGACUACGUGGCGAGGUACUCCAACUGGGGCCCGGCUGUGGACAUUUUCGCACCGGGGGAAGCAAUUAUUGCAGCUGAUGCCUUCAACAGCAACGAGUAUGUUCGAUUGUCUGGUACUUCCAUGGCUUGUCCCCACGUGGCCGGAGCAGCCGCCAUCCUGCUCAGCCAGCAUUCCGCCCUCCCGGCCUCCUCGAUGAAGGAGACUCUACUCCGCCUUGCAAAUGAACGCAUCACCGGUCCUUCCUGCAGCUUCGCGAUCCUGCAAGUUCCAGAGACGACCGACAGGACAUUGAUGGAUGCCGAAACGCACCAGACUUGCGACAACGACUUCAGCGUUCUCCUCGACAUGACAUCUCCUGUGCUGGUUUCCCCUUGUGGCUUGGCAAUGCAGACAAAACCUUGA